UCUGCACCAGGUUUGUCUGAGAUCCUAUCAGGCCCACUGGCCCAGAGGUAUGAACAGCACCCAGUCCAGCCCUAUCGCCUUCUUCAUCAUCCAGGGCCUGGCCAGUCUGGGGGAGAAGAAGAUGGUCCUGUUUAUCAUCUUCCUGCUGGCCUACACCGUCAUCCUAGGUGGAAACAUCAUGAUCAUCUACCUGGUCCGGACUGACCCGAAGCUGGGCUCCCCCAUGUACUUCUUCCUCCACAACCUGUCCAUCGUGGACAUGAUUUACACAACGGUCACCAUCCCCAACAUGUUGUCAGGCUUCCUGACUGAGGUCAAGACUGUGUCCGUCCCCGGCUGCUUCCUCCAGAUGUACUGUUUCAUCCACAUGUCUGUUACCGGCCGCGCCCUGCUGACCGCUAUGGCCUACGACCGCUAUGUGGCCAUCUGUAAUCCUCUCCGCUAUGCCGCUGUGAUGACCCGCCCCGUCUGCCUGCUACUCAUCAUUGGGGCUUGGACCUUCGGUGCCAUCUGCACCUUCCCAAACACUAGCAUGGCAGUACAGCGUUCAUACUGUGGACCCAACGUGGUGCGCCACUGCUGGUGUGACCCGUCCUCAGUGAGGCUGCUGGUGUGUGGGGACACUCAGGUGGACAGCAUCGUGUCACUGUCUUUUGCCCUCAUAGCGCUGCUCACCACGGGUGUGCUCAUCCUCACUUCCUACAUCCUCAUCGGUGUGAAGAUAGCUAAAAUGGGCGCCGCAGAGCGACUGAAGGCGUUUAGCACCUGUGCCGCCCACCUGACGGUUGUGUCCAUUUCUUACAGCUCUGCCUCAUUUGUCUAUAUCUCCUACCGUGUGGGAAACUUCUCUCCAGAGGUGCGUAUCAUCGUGUCAGUGCUGUACUCGGCUCUGACUCCUUUCCUGAACCCGAUGAUCUACAGCCUGAGGAACAAGGAGCUGAGAGUGGCCAUCAAGAGGGCCUUCUGCCGACACAGACGUCUCACUGCAGAGCCGCAAAACACUCAACACACUGUCCUGACAGCAAAACAUUCAACACACUGUCCUGACAGCAAAACAUUCAACACACUGUCCUGACAGCAAAACAUUCAACACACUGUCCUGACAGCAAAACACUCAACACACUGUCCUGACAGCAAAACACUCAACACACUGUCCUGACAGCAAAACACUCAACACACUGUCCUGACAGCAAAACACUCAACACACUGUCCUGACAGCAAAACACUCAACACACUGUCCUGACAGCAAAACACUCAACACACUGUCCUGACAGCAAAACACUCAACACACUGUCCUGACAGCAAAACACUCAACACACUGUCCUGACAGCAAAACACUCAACACACUGUCCUGACAGCAAAACACUCAACACACUGUCCUGACAGCAAAACACUCAACACACUGUCCUGACAGCAAAACACUCAACACACUGUCCUGACAGCAAAACACUCAACACACUGUCCUGACAGCAAAACACUCAACACACUGUCCUGACAGCAAAACACUCAACACACUGUCCUGACAGCAAAAC